GUUGGAUCUCUUAUCUUCUGGCUGGAUUUCCAAGUUCAGGCUUGGAUCUCUUAUAUUUUGUUCUUUAGGUUGCUUUGUCAAGAAUUAAGGGAAACAUCAAUAAUCCCCGAAUCAGAGUUGGGGGGGUUUCCAGUUUGAUGGUAGUGGUGUUAAAUUGGUGAAAGUGUGUAUUAUUACUAGCAAGAAUGGCAUUUUCAUUAAGGAGGGUAGCCAACUCGCUGCCCUUCUCGGGGCUUUUCAGAAAACUGGAACAGGAUAUGGAAACUGUGAUCAAGGUUUUGCAACCAGGUCCUUUGGGAAUAAUAGAACACAAGUUCUCUCCAGAAGAGAUAUGCAAGGCAAAUUCUACCGUAAUGACGGCAGUAGAGAAUUGGCGAAGGAACGCUAAAGUUGAGCAGCAGAGCCCCAUCUUCAAAGAAUUUAUUGAUAAAUGAUUACUAAUUGCCAGUCCAAUUAUUUCUUCAGUCCAACAUGAUAAAGGGAACGAUCAUGUAUAAAGUCUAUAGUUUUCCCUGUCUGAAUUGCAACAUAUGUUACCAUAUUGCUUCUUUUUUGCGUUGAUCCAGUUUUGAAUCUGCAUUUCAAAUGAUAGCUGUGUCAUGCC